ACGCGAUUGACCAACUAGCUUACGUGGAUGACUUGCUACUUUGAAGUUGUAAACAAAAUUUUAAGGUAAUUUUCACGAAAUUUUAAUUGUCACUUUAUCUUGGUAUUUUAACAGUUUUAGUUUAGGUUUGGUAGCAAUCAAUGGAUGUUCUACGCCCACCGCUUAUCAACAUAAACGGCAGAAUAUAUCGAAGAAAUAUAGUUAAAGAAGAACACUAUGAAGAAGAAGAAGAAGAUUUCUCGUACAUGGGACCAUCUGAGAGUAAAGCUCUGGAAGAGGAUGAAACCUGUGACAGCCACUCCAUUGAACAAACCGAUAAGGGAUACCGCUGUGCCAUUGAUGUCCCAAGUGUUCUUUACAAAUAUAUCAUUGGGAAAAAAGGAGAAACUCGAAGACGUCUUGAGUUUGACACCAAAGCCUCAAUCAGCAUCCCGAAACAAGGAAUAGAAGGACAAAUCGUUAUCACUGCUGCCCACAAAGCUGCAGUUUCCUCUGCAGUCACUCGAGUAGAAGUCCUUGUAGAGAGUUUCCGAAAGAAACAGCCCUUCACUCACUUCCUGUCUUUGCCUUUGAAUGACUCCAAAGUUCAAGAAGGAUUCCAGACAUUUAAAGAUGAGGUGUUGCAACAAUGUUCACAGGAUCAUGGAGUGGAGGAAAGCAUCUUUCAAAACCCUGCAAAGCUUCAUUUGACACUUGGCACUUUGGCUCUGUUAAAUGACACAGAAGUGAGAAAAGCAUGUGAACACCUCCAAGAAUGCCAGAGUUUUAUCAGGGACAUCACUGAAGGAAAGCCUCUGCCACUGGAAGUGACGGGUAUAGAGUACAUGAAUGAUGAUCCAGCCAUGGUGGACGUCUUAUAUGCCAAAGUCAGUGUUAAAGAUGGAUCUGACAGGUUGCAGAUGAUUGCAGAGCGGCUGGUGGAGCAUUUUGUCUCUGUGGGGCUGAUGGUCAGGGAGUGGGACAGAGUGAAGCUGCAUGGAACUGUCAUGAACACACUAUUCAGAAAGGACACCACAGUUGAGAAGAGGUGUGGAGGAGGAAAACCAGCCACAAGUGAAAGAGAGGCUUUUGAUGCCAGGAACAUAUUAAAGAAAUUUGGUAAUUACAGUUUUGGAGAGUUUGAGCUGAACACUGUCCAGCUGUCACAGAGGUACUCAACAGACCGUACCGGAUACUACUCAUCUGCUGGGAGCAUAAGCUUCUCUUGACCUUUAUCCCAGCUGAGGCGCAAUAUUCUGAGCUGGUGGUUCUCUCUGUUUAGCAUGCAGGAGCGUGAUCGCCAAGCGGGCAAAAGUUACACCAGUAAAGUCUGAGAGCUCUCUUUGUUCACUAUGCCAUCCUGUGCUGUCCAUUUUAGCAGUGGCUUGACUAGUUCACCUUCUCCUCUUCUGUUCUUCUGUCCACAGUCAUGGUAAUUUUUUCUCUUUUUUUGUUUGUUCAGCAGUGUAAAAUAAAACAUAUUUAUUCAAACCAACAAAGAGACCUAAUUAUGCACACUUACUUUCCAGACAGGAUGCUUGUUUCUGGUUCAAGAGUGCAUAUCUAGUGUAGCACCACUUCCAGGAAACUCAUUCAUGAAGGUUUUUUCACCUAGGCCUGAGUAAAUGGAGCUCAGGUGUACACAAAGGGAGAAGAGGAGCGACACAUGAUUUGUAAUUUAAUUAAAUGUUUGAGGACUGUGUAUUGUCUGUUUUGGCAGGAACAUGAUUAAAGAUGAGUUCUACAGAUGUCUGCACCAAUGUCGCAUGAGGCGUUGGGUUGUGCUUAUCUAAUGAGGCAGGAGAUGUUACUAUUUUAUUAAAAAUAUCUGUUAUGUACGGAAUUUCUGUUUACUUUAAUUAACAUCUCAUAUUUUACAUUAUUUAUUGGAAAAAAAAACCUGAUAACAUUCAUUACAAUUUUGUCUGACAUUUUGGAAUCUUUAUUGCAGAAAGUCUGUCUAAUUGGCAUGAUUUUCUUAUUUUUAUGUGAGACUACAUUCUUCUACAUUGUUGUUUGGCAUGAGCGAGCUACCAACCCUAAAUCAUUUUUCCAACUGUUUAAAUAAGAUUCCAGAAAGGAAUCUGGAAUGACUGGCAUUUUUCUGACUGUUUGGAGUGUAGAGUUUGACAGAGAAGCCACUUUCCCAAGCAUUGCUGCUCACUACAGGAUAGCUGACCUAAAGAAAGCAACUCUGUUUUUUCUUCAGUUGCAAUAAAGUCAAAUCUGGGUAUUUGAAAAGAUUUCCAGUCAUGUGAAAUACAGAGUGGUCUGUAAUCUAAAGGACCACAAAAACGUUUGUAAAAGUACAGUGAUCAACCAGCAAGCAUCAGCUGACUGCAGGCAUUGACAGCCCAUUGUAUUCUCCACCUGAGCAGAUAGCCCAGCUAAUUAACAAGCUAAUAGAAGCUUGGUAAGCUUGUGCUAUUUGAUGAAAAGCAGAAAGACAAAAAGAGAUAAUGCACAAAAAGCAUUUGAAAAAAAUAAAAUAAUUUAGUGUCUGGUAAUUCUUUUUGCUUUUGUUUAUGUAUGAAAAUCACAAUAACCAAAACAUUCAUUUUGAUGCAGUUAGCAACAGUUACAUAUUUUCUUUUGAUUGAAAUAAAAGCAGUUAAGUUGAGUACAGUUUUGUCUUAGAUUUUUGUGUUAAUCAUGAUGUUUUCACUGAAUGGUGUCAUACUGUAAGGAUCUUAAUCUACUAUCCUUGAGCAAAAGCUUCAAAGUUUUUCUAACUUCCUGCCUCACCUAGCUGUGCAGUAGUGCUAGCAUAAACUUGUACAUAGAUUUUUCUUACUUUCCCCUUUCAUAUUAGGGCUACAGUUAACUUUGCAUAUAUUUGAUUUUGAUUUUUUAAAUAUGUAUAUAAUUGUCAUAAUAUGGAGUCAGACAGCACUAAACUGUAAUUGAAGUAGUAGCCUACUCAUUGACCUUCAUCUUUGCUGAAGAUCAAUGAGUACUAAAUAUGAGUCAUUGAAUAUAUAUAUAUUUUUUCUGUUUUAUUAAGUAGUUGUACCCACCAGGCACCACAAAUGUGUUACUCCCUCUUAUUUUUACACUAGUGGUAGUUUCUGUAUACAACUCAUGUAGGGUAUUUGCAGUACUGUAAAUAAUUAAGGUGCUGUGAGUACAUUUCGUUUUACUAAUGUACAUUUUACAACGGGUGAUUAUUAAAUGGAGAAAUGGAAAAUUUGGGUUUUCAGAUAAUGUUGUAAUUUUAUUUCCUAGAUACUUCUUCUUUAUUAACUUAUUUAGUACACCAACAUUUUUUAGGCCUCCAAGUUCAUUUUCUCUCAUUACUGCAGAUAUUAUUUAGGUGGGAUUGUUACCAAAGUGAAUGACAGCAAUUUAGGGUUUUCAGGAAGUAUGGGCCAAAUAAUUGUUUUGCACCAAAUUAGGUCUUGUUUUCGUCCUUGUGAGGAUUGUAAGUGAAAACUACUGGUUCCUGUGCAUACAUUUAUACAAGUAUGCCCUCAGAUGUAAUGAGCACCUCCUUAACAUGUCAUUAUUCCUUUAUUUGUCACCAGUGCAGAUGGUCGUGCCAAGAAUAUUACAGUGCAGUAUGUUAAGCCUCAUGUCUGAUCUAUUACGACAGACACUCACUCAGCAGUGUUGACAACACAAGUCUUGCUGUUUCUGGAAAGCUCUGACUCAGUAAACUGUAACAUGUUCUUCACGCUUUUCAUGUUUUAAUACAUUCAGCACACUGAUCUGAACUAGUCAUUACAUAUAUAAUAUAUUUAAUCCUUCGGUGUGAUUUCUGUCAAACAUGAACAGUGACAUCACUUUAUCUGUGAGUUUUUGGAAUGUUUUGUCUCAUCUGCGAAUCUGUUAAAAUGACUAAAUCUUGUCAUCGGCAUCUGUGUGAUUGCGCUUGCUUGUGCAUCAGCCAAGAUGCGUAAUUUCUGUCCCUGACACGUCUCACCCUAAUUAGUCAGUUUUGUUCUUCCUGCAGUGUGAAGCUCCACUAAGACCUCCAAAAUCUGAGGACAAGCUUGAACAGCUUUCAAAAAGCUGUAUAAAUUAGAUCUGUGUACUGUGCUUGUUCCUUUUGAUCUACAUCCCUUUUUUCUGAAGUUUUAAUGAGGUGGAAGAUGUAUGUUUUAAUAAAAUAUUUGUGUGGGAAUAUGUGCAAAAGCUACUGUACAGACUCCUUUUGCUUUUUGAACUUUUCUAUUUUUUUCCCUCUCACAGUCACAAUGAUUUGAAAAAUGUAAGUAAAGCAAUUUAACAAAAUAGGAUUACUUAGACUAUUUACACUAUUCUGCUUAUUUUCAUAGCUAUGCUUUUAUAUCUGUUAUUUUGAGAGGAAACACUGUGUUCUGUUAUUAAGGCAUGUUUCACAUAGGGAGAUUAUUAGUGGCACACCGCCUCCAACCUUCAUUUCCUGUCUAAACAUUCAUCAGCUUCUGUGUAAAUAAAAGAAACUCUGAAUGUACUGAAAAAACUGUGCUACAUAAUUCCCAACCUGGCAAAAAUGAUUGCAAAUCUAAAAUUCAAAAACACAAAUGUUCAUAAACUUAGAUGUGAUCAGAAAGCUGAAGUUCACUUUGGUCUUGGUUAAAUCCUGAAAUAUCCCUUUCACUGAUUCAUUGCAACAGAAUCAAAGUUUUUCCAAUUUGGAUGCAACAAAAAUACAACAGUGCUGCAUUUUUAAUAGCUUCCUUUUUUUAGAUUUUAUUCUCUUGUCAUCUUUUUCUACCAUUUGAAAUUCACGCUAACCGCUGUGUCUGUAACCAGUGUUACAGCCUUGAUUGACAGUGAAGGCGAGAGGGGUGAGAGGGCAGGUGAUUCAUGCAGCAGCUUAUCAUUCAGAGUGCUGAAUCUGAAUUUGAUGCAGAGGCCUCCUGCAGCUGUCCGCAUGUGUUUUAUGCUGCAGUCAUGUUUACUGGAAAGUGUUCAGUAGCUUUGUUAUAAUUCAUUCUCCACAAUAAGAGUCAAAGACAAGGCAGAAAGCAAACUGGUCCCUAUCGUAGUUUGUUACUUCUGGAUUAAGUGUUUAUGCUUUGAAAUGUUCGCAGUUCUGAAGAUAAAUCAGCAUUUUGGAUCAGUUUUGGUUCAGAAUAAAGAAAUCUACAUUUUCUCCUGCAAACUCUCUGGUCAGACGCUGUCAUACACAUUUGAUUUCCUUUUACAUACUUUUUAUGUAUUUUAUCGUGAAAAUGUUUCACACAACACCUAAAAUCAUUCACCAUCAUUACAAUGGUGAUAACUGGUAUCAGGUGCUGAUGCAGAGAACAUCCCACUCAUCAGUUCUGAACUUGUUUCGGACUGCUGGGAGUGUUCUCCUCUAACGGGAAAGCUAUAAAAACACUUCAGUGCAGGAGUUACAGGGCUGUUACUGGAAAAGAAGUGGUGCCUCGUGAGUAUUGUCGUUUUUAUCCGUCAGUUGAAUUUUCUUUUUACUCUUUCUGGCAAUAUGCUUCAGUGGUGUCCUCAGCUCUGCAGUUCACCAUCAAAUAGAAACAAAAAUGUUGCUCCAGCAGGUAUUCCCAGAAGAUCAGCAGUUGUGUUUUUACUAAACCACAUGGCAAGGGGGCGAAACAAUCCAAAUAUGUUGUUGAUUGUUGUUGACGUAUUUGUAUAAUGGUAAUUAAGCUCAGGCUUGAAGCACAGUUUUGUUUCUUUGUAAUCCUAAAGUAAAAAGUGCUGUGGCUUUGUCACGCAUAAUGCAAAAGAACAUUUCCCAGAGGUGAUCAUGUUUAGCAGUUCAAGUGUAAGCGAGCUUCUGUUUACUCUGUGUUUAAUUGGGGAAACUGCUGCACUUUCUCCCACAUUUGCUGCUGUAAGCUGCCUGCAGUGCGAAAAACAGCCGCUUCAGUGCUCAACCAACAGUGGCAAACUGCUGUCACACUGCUCUCAACUAACUUUGCAGUCUUAAUAGCUGUGUGACCCAGUUUGAAUCCUAUUGAAUCGAAUCCAUAUGCAUUUCUAGCAGCUUCACUUACAGUUCUAAGUCACUUGAGAUUACUUAUUAAAUGCCUGCAGAUGUGGCUUAUUCACUCCCCUACAUUCGAAAUAACCUCUGAUGGGAUUUUGGAUUGGGGAUUUUCAUCUCAGGCUGGUCUGACUUUUUUCAUGCAGACUUUUUUGGUGUUUGGGUUCAGUUAUCAGAAUGCAACUUCCUCAAAUUGAGAGAGAAAUGAGCACUCAAACUUAGUAUGUCGUAAUUGAAUAUGCACCUUCAUCCUGCAUUCUGCAAAAGUAUUCAUACCCCUCCUACUUUCAUUUCAUGACAUUAUGAAACAACCUUUAAUGAAUUUCAGUUGAUAUACCCAUAAGGAAUCACAAUGAAAAACUGAGAUUACUUGCAGAUUAGUACAAAUCAAUAGCUUUAAAGUUCAAACGUUGAUGAUUUCUUUUGUG